GAAAACAAUUGUCGGUGUUCUAAAGUCGGCGUCUUUUUGAUACAUGUAUAUAUAUGCUGAAUUGGUCGUUAAGCAAGCUACACAGCUGCGAGAAGCAAAAGCUGCACGGAAACAAAAAUAGUUACGAUGAGGAAUGGCCCAGGAGCAUCUCAAAGAAAGGAAAGAAAAUCAAGGGACAGAAAACUAUCCAGGAGCAUCAAAAGGAUAAGAGCUGACAUGGUGGAGAUUAGCAAGGGGCAUAAACGUAUUAAAGAGGGGCAAGACGAAGUGAGGGGAAGAUUUGAAGAAAUAAGCAAAGAGGCUGCCAAGCUGAAGGAGGAAACUAAUCUAAUCUCCAAGCAGAGCGCUGCGAAUCAAGUCAGGCUUGAUCUUAUGUUUCAGAUUGUCAAAGCAAGAUCAGAGAACGAUACUGCCAGGGACGCCGUACUGACGCAAACUUUGCGGGAACUAAUGGCGAGCAAAAGCAAGCUCCCCGACGAGAAAAAAGAACAAGAUUUAGCACGUUAACCCUGUUUCCUGGCUCCAGCCGCUUGCUUUUAUGUAUUGCUUUUCUAGUACGGACGAAGUACCAUCCGAGCGUUAUUUUCAAGCACUCUUUCCGUAUUGUGAUACUAUAUAUAACGAAGUUAAAUUUUCCCCCCCAUGACGAGGGGUUACCGACCAUGCAAGGAUUAUUCUUCCUCCGUUGAACCAUAUAAUUGAUGAAAAACGAUUCAGGAUUUGUUUUAUUAUUAUUUGUUUCUUUACUUAUUUUUAUUUAGGUUUUUUUUUUAAAUCUCCUUUAUAGAUUUUUUCCCUAUUUAAUCUUGAUAAUUUUAUUUCUUCUAUUUAGUUUAGAAUUUUUAUUUUUUCUUAUUUAGUUUAGGCUUAUUAAUAUAAAUAGGAUUGUUUAACUUCUAUUUGAAAAUAAAUAUAUCCCGUAAUAAAAUCUUAAAUUAGUGAUUUUGUGUGA